AUGUCGGAGUCUAACCACACUAUUAAGACAGACCUUGUCACACUUACUCGUUUUAUCAUUGAGGAACAACAGAAAAAUGCCCCAGAUGCCACGGGUGAGCUCACGUUGCUUUUAAAUGCCUUGCAAUAUGCAUUUAAAUUUAUUGCUCAUACCAUCAGAAGGGCUGAGUUGAUUAACCUAAUUGGUCUCUAUGGCCAAACAAAUUCCACAGGUGACGACCAAAAAAAAUUGGACGUUAUUGGUGAUGAUAUUUUCAUCAAUGCAAUGAAAGGUUCAGGUAACGUCAAGGUGUUAGUGUCGGAGGAGCAAGAAGAUUUGAUUAUCUUUGAAGGCGCAUCUGGAAACUAUGCGGUUUGUUGCGAUCCAAUUGAUGGAUCAUCCAAUUUAGAUGCUGGUGUCUCUGUUGGUACGAUUUUCGGUGUCUACAGACUCCAGCCAGGUUCAACAGGUUCAAUCAAUGACGUGUUGAGAUCUGGUCACGAGAUGGUUGCUGCUGGUUAUACCAUGUAUGGUGCAUCUGCGCAUUUGAUGUUGACCACCGGCUCGGGUGUUAAUGGGUUUACUCUAGAUACACAUUUGGGUGAGUUUAUUUUAACUUAUCCAAACUUGAAGAUUGAAAACAAAAAAAAGAUAUACUCCAUCAAUGAAGGUAAUUCUUGUUACUGGAGUCAAGAAAUCAAAGAUUACAUUGAAUCGUUGAAAUCUCCAAGUGAGGCAAAUGGCAACAAACCUUAUUCGGCAAGGUACAUUGGCUCCAUGGUUGCCGAUGUCCACAGAACGUUAUUGUAUGGUGGUGUUUUCGGUUACCCAGCAGAUUCAAAGUCCAAGACCGGAAAGUUGAGGAUCUUGUACGAAUGUUUCCCCAUGGCACUAUUACUCGAGCAAGCUGGUGGUAUGGCUGUCAAUGAUAAGGGUGAAAGAAUUUUGGAUUUAGUUCCAAAGAAGAUCCACGAAAGAAGUGGUAUUUGGUUAGGUGAUAAAACUGAAAUUGAGAAUUUGCUAAAAUUCAUCAAGAAAUAG